CACACUUCCUGUCUCCACGGGAACAAACCAACAGUCAGGCGGCAGAAUACGGAAGAGCUAGCGGCUAGCUUUCUGGCUAGCUAUGUGGACCUGCCCACUAGUCCCCUCACUGAGGAAUUUAGAUAUGACUACUCAAAACUGCGCCACUAGUUGAGACCGUUGUGACUGUAAUUGAACUAACCAGACAUACACCUAACAUCCCCUUCACUCCUCCUCUGGUAUCGGAUAUCUUAAUGGCGGAACCGACAGAACCAGCGGCGGGCGGCGUGCAGGAGGAGGAGGUGGAAGAGAAGACGGACCGUAUCAACGACGCAGAGCUGGCUCUGAAAGGAAUCAACAUGCUCCUCAACAAUGGAUUCAAGGAGAGCGAUGAGCUGUUCAAGACUUACAGGAGCCAAAGUCCUUUGAUGAGUUUUGGGGCCAGUUUUGUGAGUUUCCUGAACGCCAUGAUGACGUUCGAAGAGGAGAAAAUGCAGAUGGCGUUCGAGGACCUCAAAGCGACGGAGAGGCUGUGUGAAAGCGAGAACGCUGGCGUUAUUGAAGCCAUUAAAAACAAGAUCAAGCGUAGCACGGACUCCCAGAGGUCAGGGGUUGCGGCGGUGGACCGACUCCAGAGGCAGAUCAUCAUUGCAGACUGCCAGGUUUACCUUGCAGUCCUGUCUUUCAUCAAACAAGAGCUGUCCGCUUAUAUAAAAGGAGGCUGGAUCCUCCGUAAAGCCUGGAAGAUGUACAACAAAUGUUACAGCGACAUCACGCACCUACAAGAGGGCAGUAAAAAGAAGACCACAGCAAAACAAUCUCUGUCUUCGUCCUCAACCCCCGACUCGUCCGACCACGGUCGCUCCUCCUCGCCCGGGCCGGGUCCGUCCCAGAGACCUGACGGCAUCAGCCCAGAGGCUCUGGAUCGGCUCAAAGGCUCAGUCAGCUUCGGCUACGGCCUUUUCCACCUCUGCAUCUCGAUGGUGCCGCCACACCUCCUGAAGAUCGUCAACCUGCUGGGCUUCCCCGGAGAUCGCCUCCAAGGCCUGUCAGCGCUCACGUACGCGAGCGAAAGUAAGGACAUGAAGGCCCCCUUAGCUACCCUGGCCCUCUUGUGGUACCACACGGUGGUGCAGCCCUUCUUUGCUCUGGAUGGCUCAGACACACAGACCGGCCUGAGCGAAGCCAAAGCCAUCCUUCAACAAAGGGAGGCCACCUAUCCAAACUCCUCCCUCUUCACGUUUUUCAAAGGCAGAGUUCAGCGCCUUGAGUGCCAGAUCAGUAGUGCCUUGACGUCCUUCGGUGAUGCCUUAGCUCUGGCCUCUGAGCAGAGGGAGAUUCAGCACGUGUGUUUAUAUGAAAUAGGCUGGUGCAGCAUGAUCGAAAUGAACUACGGAGAUGCCUACAGAGCGUUCGAGCGACUGAAGAAUGAAUCUCGCUGGUCCCAGUGCUAUUACGCCUAUUUAACUGGAGUGUGCCAAGGAGCUGCAGGUGAUCUGGAGGGCGCCGUUACCGUUCUGCAGGAGGUUCAAAAGCUUUUCAAACGCAAGAACAAUCAGAUAGAGCUGUUUUCCAUGAAGAGGUCCGAGAAGCUCAGGAGCCCCAGUGUGUCCAAAGAGCUGUGCGUCCUGUCUGUGAUUGAGAUUCUGUAUCUGUGGAAGGCUCUGGCCAACUGCUCCGCUGCCAAGCUGCAAACAAUGGCUCAAGUCUUGCAGGGGAUUAAUGAUGCCUCUAGUACAGGCCUGAAAAACCUGCUCCUUGGUGCCAUCAACAAAUGUCUCCUUAAUACCAAAGAUGCCAUUCAGUAUUUCCAACUGGCUGCAAGGGACGAAGUGGGUCGUCUGACCAGCUCUUACGUGCAGCCCUACUCCUGCUAUGAACUGGGCUGUGUGCUGCUCAACUCUCCAGAGUCUGCAGCGAGGGGCCGGAUGCUGAUGCUUCAGGCCAAGGAGGACUAUGCUGGCUACGACUUUGAGAACCGACUCCAUGUUCGCAUUCACUCUGCUCUCGGCUCGGGGAGAGGUGCAGCCCAGCCGUGAUGUUUAACGCGCACGUCGUAAAGUACAGCAGGAAGCAUGUUUGAAAAGGCUGCCACAUCAUUCUGGACACUAGCGUUUCACGGUAUGGUUUCAAUUAGUGUUUAUUUUGAAAUCCUGAGCCAAUGCAUCAUUUAAAACAAAGUCAUAAUCGUUUAAUGAAGAAAGUUACUGAAGGUUUUAUUGAUCGGUUACUGAUCUGCAAUGUAAAACACGUUCAACAAAUUAUUUUGAUUUUUUUUUUUUUAUCGUUUACAAGGGUCGUUUUAAAACCUGAUGACAGUGAAGUCAGGUGAAAAUCUAUAAACUGCGUAAAAGGCACCAGGCAUGUUAGUUCCAAAGAGGUUUUAAAAGCCAGGUUAAGUUCAUUAAUACAAAGUGUUAACUGUUAGAGCAAUUAAAAGGAAUGAGUCUGGGUCUUUGAUGAGCUGAUGUUCUUUACCACCUCAGUGUUGGUUGUACACUUUGACGUUUGUGCUGCAGAGACUUUGCUAAUCCAUAGGCAUGAGCAUUAGUCGGUGAUUUGUUUUAGCACAGUCCCUUUUAUAAAAGGAGAAUUGUUUUUAUCUGUAUAAAUAUGUCUUGCAUACAAGUUUUAAUAAAUGUGCAAAUAUUGUUCCACUCUGAGUGGCAUACAUGCACAGUGCUACCCCUCUGCUGUAAACUGGUUUUACUUUAUAUUUGUAAUAAUAAAAAUAUUGGGAAAUAGUA